GUUUAGUAAAAUUAUCGUCGCGACGUAGUGUGACAUUCAUGGAGUGGUGAUGAAUGGAGAGUCGAAUCUGGGAAGGAAGUGGUUGUGGAGGGGCCGAAUCUGGGAAGAGGUGGCGUGAAAUGUGCCUUUCUUUAUUAGCGUUGUCCUUUCUCAGCGAAACAACGCGACGUUCUCACCGGUAGCCGCCACCUUCCUUAUACUUCAAUCUCAAAUCCCCCCGCCGCCCGUCACCCGUCCCCGAACCCGCUUUUCGGUCGCCGGUCCAAUCACCCUUACCCUCACGCGGACAGUGCACCGUUCAUAAGUCACUUCUGUAUACAUCGGUCAACUUUCAACCCGUGUCUCUUCCACCCAUCCGAUAAUCUUCAUGUGUAAAAGGCCUUCCAAUCCAUAGAAGAUAAUACCCAUCGAGGCUGCCAAGCGACAAGUGCAGCAAGCUCUGCGACGAUCUUGACGCCGCCUUUUCCCACGCUCAUUUGAUCACAUUUACAGUGAACAUCGACUGCUGCCAUGGCUGACACAACAAAAUAUGGUAACGCGGUCGAAUUUGAUGUCGACCUGCACUCUAUCUAUGCUGCAUAUAUAGGUCUUUUCGAAUCGACAAAUACUGAUUGGUGGGAGAAGUCAUGGGGAGGGUACUUUGUGUCUUUUAACGAAUUCCUGGGAUUUGGCUGGGAAGUGAUGGUUGUCGUAGAUAGUGAAACGGGUAAGCCUCAUGUGGCUGUGAGGAGGGAGCAGAUUGCACUGUUCGCCAGGAUGAUUCGGACUCGCUUUGGCGAGUCACUCUCCAAAGACCCACCGACAACCUUGCCUCUCAACCCCGUUCCGACUCGCAACCUAGCCCUUCGCCGUCUCGUCACCGUUCGAGAUCUCAGCGGCUACCGCAAACUUGCAGCUUCACUUCCGGCGGCUGAGCUGUCCUAUCUUCGUUCACGGGUACGCUCCGGCGAAGCUACAGUCAUAGAACAACUCUUCUACGCAGGCGGGUCCAGUGGAGAAAGAGAAACAGGAGGUGUGGGCGUCCGCGACAAUGGUGUAGGGUAUACAUUUGCAUGUGUCAAGACAAAUUGGUGGGAGAAAGGGGGUCCGCCAUAUGGAUUGAUACCUGGGCAAGGCCGUACACACUCUGGAAGCACAGGACAGGGAAGUAACAAGGGGCUCGUAUUGGAGAUUGGGCUUGCAGUGUUGAGAUGCGCAAAUCUUCGGGCGCUGGGCGUCUGGCCGCCGGUCCCAGCUGAUAAUUACCGCAAAUCGCAUUAUGUCGUCGAAGAAUGGGUCGACAAGCGUGCGAAUCACAACCCACCAACGUUUCCAAGGGCUUAUGCCUUCGGUCAGAGCGAGUUUGUGGCCGAGAAAAGGGUAGAGACUAUCUUAGAUGCGACUCUCAACGCUCUUGCUUCGCAGGAGAAUGACGGCCACGCCAAUGCCCUUAUCUUGUUGACAGUCGGUGAACCGGUUCCUCUUCCGUUGCCCAGCUCUUCGACCUUACCCAACAACGUUUUGCAAUUUGAUGUCCUUGCUCUCGAAUACAAUUUUUUGCGGCGAGCACAGGCUCAAGGAAUACCUGGCACUCCAGAUAGACAACAACCUCUCACAUCCCUCGCCUCUCUUUUACAAACCCUUCAAAUUCCUGUCCAACCUUUUGCGCCUAUCGGCAACGCUGGCAAUGACGCGUACUACACUCUUCUCGCGUUUCAAAAGCUUGUGAUGGGUGAAACACGUCUUCCAGACAUCCUCUUCAGCCAGCCAGGUCCCUAUGCGUCGAUGCAAUUCCCACUGUCUCCCCGCAGCUCGGUUGCCUUACCCUUUCCCCAGUAUCCUGCUGUGGCUCUGCCUGUUCCUGUCAUGCCCGCUGCUGCAGGUGAUUCUCGUCGAAGUUCGACUUCAUCAAACCGCCCAGGAUCAGGAUUUGUACAACCCUCUUUACCUCCAUCCUCGUCCGAUCGCACCCAAGGAGGCCGAUAUGCUAGUGAAACUUCGACCCGACGACGCCCUAUUUCCAUUGGUGAUCCUCUCAAUAUAUACACGGAUUCUUCUAACCGUACUUCUAGCGAUCUGAGAACGCCUAACGGGUUAGCGCAAGACGGCAAUUCAGGUAUUGGCUCGCAACGAGGGAAGCGAAUGUCAGUCGUGCGAUCUCAGACUGUCUUCUGGGACGAUGCAGCCUACGCAGACUCAAAUUCUGUUCGAGGCGCGGAGCUCAAGACUCCGUUGCCUAACGGGUUGACCGGGGAGUCGACAUCGUAUGUGCAAGAACAACGAUCUAGAGCGCGAGAGGGACCGCCAUUAUCAAGGAGUGCAGGUAAAAGCACAUGGCUGGGUAGUCAAGGGAGGAGUAUUUCAUAUGAUGUUGCAGGCUCUGCCGGUGGAAUGAGUGGUACAUCUAGUGCCGCCAAUUCACCAAUUGACAAACCGUCGGGAUCCUUGUCGAACAUCAACCUACCACAUACCGGCAUGAAACCGUCUGGACUUUCGAGUACCAGCUUACAGAGGGAUACGAAUGAGGGUGCCUACUCGUCUGGAACAGGUAGCACUGGCAAUACCAAACCCAGUCCGGGCUCAAGCGGGGAAGUUCAAGGUAUGGGGCAUCGAGUAAGAUACAGUACGGGUUCAAUCCAAGCUGUAGAUGAGGUAAAGAAUGGAGCGAAGAAUGGGAAAGAGAAAAAGAAGGGCAAGGGUCCGAAAGAUUUGGCUGGCGCGAUUGCCAAAUUUUGGAUUGGCUAGACAAGCGUCACCAAAGAGUUUGAUUACGACUAAUACCAUAGGACAAUUUUAUAUUUACAAGUAACAAUACUGUGUACGCGAACCACGUUCUGUAACAUACUAUCACCGUACUUCAUGCAUUAUUAUGAAGUU